AUGAAGGCAGUAGCAACAGAAGGCCAGGAGGCAAAUACUAUGGUUGGGGAUGAAAUGAUAAGGGGCAUCUCUGGAGGACAAAGAAAGCGUGUCACAACAGGUGAGAUGUUGGUUGGACCAGCAAAUGCACUUUUCAUGGACGAGAUAUCAACUGGUUUGGACAGUUCAACAACGUUUCAGGUUGUGAAUUCGCUCAAGCAGUUUAUCCACAUUUUCCAAGGAACUGCCAUCAUCCCUCUCCUGCAGCCAGCACCUGAGAUUUUUGAGCUGUUUGAUGAUAUCAUUCUUUUAUCCGACGGCCAGAUUGUGUACCAGGGUCCCCGUGAGCAUGUACUUGAGUUUUUUGAGUCCUCUGGUUUUAAAUGUCCGGAAAGGAAAGGCGUGGCUGACUUUUUGCAAGAAGUGACAUCCAAGAAAGAUCAGAGGCAAUAUUGGGCACGCAAAGAUGAGCCUUACAGAUUUGUCACAGUCAGUGAAUUUGUUGAGGCAUUCCAGUCGUUCCAUGUGGGGCGAACACUGGGAGAUGAGCUGGCAACCCAAUUUGACAAAAGAAAAAGCCACCCAGCUGCUUUGACGACCAAAAAUUAUGGUGUUCCGAGGAAGGAGCUAUUGAAAGCUUGUACCUCAAGAGAAUUCCUCCUCAUGAAGAGAAAUUCUUUUGUCUACAUAUUCAAGCUCUCCCAAGUUUCCAUAAUGGCAAUGAUCACCAUGAUACUCUUCCUAAGAACCGGGAUGCACCGAGAUUCAACUAAUGAUGGAGGGAUAUAUAUGGGUGCUUUGUUUUUCACUGUGGUCAUGAUCAUGUUCAAUGGUUUGUCAGAGCUUGCCAUGACAAUCGGAAAGCUUCCUGUCUUUUACAAGCAAAGGGACUACCUCUUUUAUCCCUCCUGGGCAUAUGCUCUUCCCACAUGGAUCCUCAAGAUCCCCUUCACACUUUUAGAAGUUGGUCUGUGGGUAUUUCUCACUUAUUAUGUAAUUGGGUUUGAUCCAAAUGUCGGAAGAUUGUUUAAACAAUAUCUGUUGCUCUUACUCGUCAAUCAGAUGGCUUCUGGAUUGUUCCGAUUUGUUGGGGCAGUGGGUAGGAACCUGAUCGUUGCAAACACAUUUGGGUCUUUUGUAAUGCUUGCACUUUUUGCAUUAUGUGGCUUUAUCCUAUCACGAGUGGAUGUCAAGAAAUGGUGGAUAUGGGGUUAUUGGGCGUCACCAAUGAUGUAUGGGGUGAAUGUGAUUGCAGUGAAUGAAUUUCUCGGGACUAGUUGGAGACAUGUUCUUCCAAAUACAACAGAACCACUAGGAGUUAUGCUUCUGAAGUCUCGAGGACUCUUCCUAUAUGCUUACUGGUAUUGGAUAGGAAUCGGGGCAUUGUUUGGAUUCACAAUCCUGUUCAACUUUGGAUUCACUCUUUUGGAAAGCCUCAAGCUGUUGUACCAGAAGAAAGUUAAAGCAAAGGAGAAUCCAUUGAGUUAUCAUCCCGAGGAUAUAGCUCUCUUGGCGGAGUUUCAGCUCAGGGAAAUGAAAGAUCAGGGUGUUUCUGAAGAUAGAUUGAUGCUUCUGAAGGGUGUGAGUGGAGCUUUCAGGCCAGGUGUUCUUACAGCUCUAAUGGGUGUCAGUGGUGCUGGUAAAACAACUCUGAUGGAUGUGCUUGCUGGGCGGAAAACUGGUGGAUACAUUGAGGGUACCAUUACAAUUUCUGGUUAUCCAAAGAAGCAAGAGACAUUUGCUCGUAUUUCUGGAUACUGUGAACAGAAUGACAUUCACUCUCCUCAUGUUACUGUGUACGAGUCCCUGCUCUACUCCGCUUGGUUAAGGUUACCUCCAGAAGUUGAUUCUAAAACUAGAAAGAUGUUCAUUGAGGAGGUCAUGGAACUAGUGGAGUUGAACCCAUUGAGGGGAUCACUAGUGGGGUUGCCAGGUGUAAAUGGCCUUUCAACAGAGCAGCGCAAGAGGCUAACCAUUGCCGUGGAGCUGGUGGCAAACCCCUCUAUAAUAUUCAUGGAUGGAUGCAAGAGCUGCUGCAAUUGUGAUGAGAACAGUUAG